AUGUCCAACCAAGCAGCGUGGAUCGAUGGCAAGGCCCAGAAGCUUAGAGUCGCUUCCGCCGACUUGCCCAAGCCUGGCCCAGACGACGUCGUGAUCAAGAACCACGCUGUUGCCAUCAACCCCGUCGACUGGAAAAUUCAAGACUACGGCGUGUUCGUGCAGUCCUGGCCAACCAUCCUCGGCGAGGACAUCGCUGGUGAGGUGUAUGAAUUGGGUGCGAAUGUGAGCAAGUUCAAGAAGGGGGAUCGGGUUGUUGCCCAUCAACUCUCCCUCGUCACCGGCAAGCCUGAAGAUGGCGGUUUCCAGCUCUACGCCCGCGCUGCCGCGGUCUUCACCGCCAAGAUCCCCGACAGCCUCUCCUACACCCAGGCCUCAGUGCUUCCCCUCGCCCUGGACACAGCCGGCCACGGCCUAUACGACAGCCGCGAGAAAGGCUUCAUCGGCCUCGACUACCCCUCUCUGACCCCAAAGCCCUCAGGCAAGACCAUCCUCGUCUGGGGCGGGUCCUCCUCCGUCGGCGCGCUCGCCAUCCAGCUAGCCACAGCAUCCGGCGCAAAAGUCAUCUCCGUCGCCAGCAAGCACAACCUGGACUUCCUCAAAUCCCUCGGUGCCGUCGAGGCGCUGGACUACAACACCCCCUCGAUCGUAGACGACGCCGUCACAGCGAUCAAAUCCGCCGGCGGCGACUUCGCCGGAAUCUACGACGCCAUCUCCACCGAGGCGUCGUACAAGUUCGUCCUCCCCAUUGCCGAGAAGCUCGGCGGCACACACGUAGCCGUGACUCUGCCCGCGCCAAAGGAGUUGCCGAGCGGUGUCACGGCUGCGAAUGUGUUCGCCGUUAACAAGGACGUCAACGGCCGACUGUGGGAGGAGUAUGUAACCCCAGCGCUGGAGCAGGGCAAGUUGAAGGCGGUGCCGGAGGCGUUUGUCGUGGGUAAGGGACUUGAGUAUGUGCAGAAGGGAUUUGAUACGAACAAGGCGGGUGUGAGUGCCAAGAAGGUGGUUGUUGAGUUGUAG